AUGGCCGAGGAUGAGGAGAAUGGCAUAGAGUAUUACGGCCGUAAGAAAGCUCACAAGGAGCUUUUCAAUGGCUAUGACUCAGACUCCGAGGGGUAUGGCGAAAGCGAUUCCGAGAAGGAAGAUAAGGAACCAAGCGAAGAUGAGAAGAAGGACGAGGGAAAAGACGACGAAGACGAAGACGACAUGUUUGCUAGUGACAAGGAGGAUUCCAAGCCGGCACGGUCGUCAGGAUUUGAUAUUGACGAGUUUGAAAGAGAGCAGGGUCUAGGACAGUAUGACAAGGAGCGGAUACUGGAGGACGAGGAAUAUGUUGAUGAGGGCCAGGCAGGCAUUGAUGUCCAAGAACGACAAAUGAACUAUCACAAUAACAUAGAGGCAUUGGAUGGAGCCGUCGAGAAGCCAAAAGAUGACGUUCAGAUUGAGGCUUUCAACCUUCGAGAGGAAGCCGACCUGGGAAUUCUCGAUAAAGACUUGAAUUACAUCCCAAAAAAUGAAGAAGAGGAGACAGAAGAGGCUUGGCUAGCUGACAUUAAGAGCUCCGAUAUAGAGAAAGCCAAAAAAGCACAGCUUAAAAGAGAAGCAGGCUUCAAGACAAAGACCACUAGGCCCACUGGGGUACUACUAUCUCUAGUGAUCAACUCGCUAGAGCCGUCUGAAACACCCUUAGAAGCCUUAGCGAGGCUUUCACCAAAAAAGAAGAAAGGCAAGCGCCAGCCGGUUCUGGAGGACGAGAAGCUACGAAAGAAAAAAGUUUAUGAUGUUACUGGGGCUUGUGAUGAGCUCAUGAACGAAAAAGGCAUAACGCAGGCGCUUGAGAUGAGUAGGGAAGAGCUUAUGCGUCACUACAAACAGGAAACUGGUGAAGACUUUGUCAUAGACAGGGGAACUAAGCGAAAGGCUGAUUCUCUCGACGAAGAAACAGAGGACUAUGAGCCAAAAGAAUGGGAGUUCAGGUGGAAUGGGGAAGAACAGAUACACGGCCCUUAUUCUGCCUAUGAGAUGAACUAUUGGAAAGAGUCCUACUUCAAUGAAGAUGUGGAGGUCCGAAAGAUAGGUGAAGCAACUUUCAGGCGAAUGAAUGGCGACGACUUCUAA